GGAUGAGGAUGCUGCCGUCUCUUCUCCAUAUCCACAAGGAUGCAGGAGCGCGCAGAGGCGGACGAGGGCGAGCGCACCGGGCCGCCUGAACCCAUCCACAUCUCACCGGCGAUCAUACACCGUCACUUUUCCAAACUUACAAGAACUAUGCACGGGAGCCGAUGCUGAACAAUCUGGGCGGACUCGCUCUGCAUGCCGCCCUUCCUUCUGCUCAUCAGCUGUUGCUGCUUUGGGAAAAGUCGAGGCGACUCCCACUGUAAGGGCAUCGGAUACGAGCAUCUCUCCACGAUGCGUCCUCAGUCUCCCUGACUCCUCCUGACACUGCCUGCCUGCCUCAUUAAUAUUUGAUCUGGUACCACAGCAGCAGCAGCUCGCCUCUUCUAAUGGAGAAUUCUCCACAAGCACAGCCUGGAUCCAAGGCGCCGGAAAGUCCAGCCGAAGAUAUCACCAACCUCACGGACGAAGAGCUCCUGCAAUGGAGCAAAGAGGAGCUGGUGCAGCGGCUCCGGAGGUGUGAAGCCGAUAAAAUGAGCGUCAUUCUGGAUCACAGUAAUCUGAUUCGGGAGGUGAACCGCAGCCUGCAGCUGCAUCUGAACGAGAUCCGGGGGCUGAAGGAGGUGAACCAGAAGCUGCAGGAUGAUAACCGGGAACUGAGAGACCUGUGCUGCUUCCUGGAUGAUGACCGGCAGAAGGGCAAGCGAGUGUCUCGUGAGUGGCAGCGUCUGGGUCGUUUCAGCGCCAGCGUCAUGCGUAAAGAGGUGGCACUGUACCUUCAGAAGCUGACAGAACUAGAACGGAAGCAGGAGGACGUCAUUCGGGAGAACCUGGAGCUUCGGGAACUUUGUCUUCUGAUAGACGAGGAGAAAGGAGGCAGUGGAGGCGAAGGAGUUCAAGGUGGGACGGGAACCAUUGGAUGCCGAAAUUCCAUCGACAGCCAAAGUGGGCUCUUGGUACCUGGUUUGAUGAGGGAUGUUGGAGAUGGGAGCAGCACUUCUAGCGCAGGAAGUGCCGACAGCUCGGAGCAUCCACACCAUAAGCAGCCACAGCCACCUUCUAGCACAGGAACUGGGAAUAAAAGUCCAGAUAUCCAGAAGUCUCGUUCUCUGAAAAGAGGGGAAGGAGAUCGUGGGGAAAUCUCCAGCCCUGACCCUCCUGUCCGGCACAGAAGCACAAGCCUGGAGUAUCCCUUCGUUCUUCCCCAGCCCUGCCGACCUCGCUGUGGCUCCAUAUCCGUGCCUGACCAUCGGCUAAUUAGAGGGCUGAGUCCAGAAAAGUAUGGUCGAUCCCUAGGCCACCGGAGUCCUGAGACUCACCCAAAGCACCAUCUGGCUCCAGGACAGACCAUGAGCCCCGAGCUGUACAUCCAGAGGCACAGAGGCAGCUUAGGAAGUGGGCCUGGGAGUCCAGAGCCAAGACACUUGCUGCUAGGAUCAGCAGAGCUCCACCACGAGAAAAGCAAGCUUGGAGGAAGUAGUCCUGAGAUGCUGAGGCACCAGUACAGUAUGAGUCCUGAGCAUGGGAAGUUCGGCAGCCCUGGAAGAGAGAUGUCACCACGAAGACUUGCUGGAGAUGAGCUGUCGCCACACCAUCGGAGCCUUUACAAUGGUGUCAAUGCUUUGAUAUCAGCAGGAUGUUGCAGCAACAACUGCAGGAACGUGAAGCUCUGGGACAGAAAGAAAAUAAUACAGGGUUGGAACAAAACAGAGUUUUGACGGCUCCUCGUGACCAAACCCUUGCACAGAGAGGCUCGCCGGGCAGAUACUUCAUCCCCUCGCCGUACACAUGAUGGCCGACCCGUCUAUCCCCAUUUCAGCGGUCAUAACACCAGUUGGCAUCGUGGACCCUCUGCUGCAGUCAUUUCAACGAGGACUAGAGCGAGACGCGGGAUGUUUUCCUCCCAGUACAAACCACAGAAACAGACCCACCCACAUUCAGCAAAUAUCUCCUGUGGUUUACAGAUGUUUAACAGUACUGCGUUUGGGUAAUCAAACACUCCAGCCAUCGCUCUCUCCCGCUAUAUCUGUAUCAUUCUGAGUAGCAAUAGGACACAUGAAACGCGAUGCUGCGGCUUCUCUGAAGGUGCUUCCCUGCCCUUGAUCUUUAUUUAUGCAGUUUCUUUUUUGACCAAAGCUCUUUGAAAUAUCUUAAUCGUCCAUCUUUUGCAUCUCUGGAAGGAGCGUCGCUAUCACGUUUGCUAGUUUUUGCAUAUCCUGGAUCGUUUUUUACGUAACUUGUAUGGUUCAUCAACGGAAAGCAAAACGGACUCAGUACAUGUUGUCGGUGACUGAAUAACCUCGCCAGUGUUUUGCACUGAUUCCAUGUGUGUACGUAUGUGUGUAUGUGUGUGUGUUUAUUGGCUUUAUUAUUCCUUCCCUCUGAGCUCCUGUACACUGUUAACAAUUACUUACAGUAAAAUCUAUAGUAACUUACUGGCAGCCAUUCGCCGGUAACUUACUGUAAAUCAGUUACAGCAAGAAUACUGUAUUUACAUUUACAGUGCCAUUUAUCUUGCUCUAUAUGUCUUUACAGUAUUGUAUCUGUACUGCAAAAUAUACAGUAAUUUUCACAAUGCAACUUUAAAGUUCAGUAACAUACCGCAUAAUUCUCCUACAGUAAAUUACAGUUCAUAAUUACUGUAAAAAUCGUUACAAAAAUCGUUAACAGUGUAUAUAUAAGCUAUAAAGAGGUGUUUCUUCAUGUCGUUUUAUAUACAAAAGUACAGCAUAGUACAUAUAGUAAAUUAAUGGAUUAGUUUUAUAUGCAUAUAAUGACUAUUAUUUUUGAC